CGCCGAGUCGAUCCCUCUAGCACCAGCGUCACUCACUCACCCAGUACUAGUGUGACCCUUCACCAGUGCCACACCUCACCCCACUCACCUGAUAAUAUUAUGUUAUUAACUUAAGUUCCGUGACGUCAAAGAGAAGGUCUGUUUUUUGCGGCAAAAUCCCGAAACAUCAACAUUGCACACAGGCAGACGCAACAAUGAACACCAGUAUGUUAAGUGAGUCAAGUUUGCAGCAGUGGUGAACGUCAGUGUAUAUCUCACGUAGUGAAAUUUGGUGAAAACCUGUCCUUCAAACGUGUUGGUGAAAGUGAAUUGUGAAAAACAGUGUCGUAUUUUAUAACGUUAGCUGAUCAAGGGUGAUUUUGAAAAGCUAGAUAACUAUAACUUAUAAACGUUAUAUUGAAAUAGUUCUACAUUAUAACAAAUGAUGUUGACAAUAAGUACAUUUUACGAGUACAUCUGAAGAAAAAAUCGUAAAUUAGUACAGAAAAUUGAAGAUAAGUGCCACUGUGUACAUGUGAUGGUGCCUGAAUGAGGUGUGUCUCAGGCCAGGAGCUAAGUGUCCUUCCACCAUGAGUGUCGUGGCCACUACAGGUCAGAACGGCGGCCCCAGCCAGCUCCACCAGCUCUUCAGGACGUGUGAUAGAGAAGGCAAGGGUUUCAUCGUCGAGGAAGAGUUGAGAGAAUUGUGUUCGAGCCUCGGCAUCGCUGCAGACGAUUCGGACAUCAUCUUCAGCGACCUCGACCAAGACCAAGACGGGAAGAUUAGCUAUACAGAGUUUUCCAAAGGAUUCACAGAGUUCCUUAACCCUGGAGUCGAAGCCCAAGUCACCAGGAGGUUCUCGACAUGGAACAGCUUGGAGACGGAGAUGGAGGAGGGAGUAAAGGAGGUGGAAUGCAAACGAAGAGAGAGCGUCUACCAAGCAUGGAGCUGUCUCACCUCCAGCCUCACCCAGCUCACGAAGACCAACAUAGCGGCUGAGAGUGGUGCCCAAAUCAGGGAGUUGCUGCAGGACCUGGAGACAUCCACAGCGCCCCUGGACGUGGCCAGCCGCGUCAGCACGGUGCUCUCCACACUACUGACAGAGAUCCAACAUCUGCAGGACCACCACCACAGCCUGGAAAAGCUCUACCAGAAAGAGAGGGAACACCAUGCCACGGCCCUCAAGUCGCUGGAGAGUGAGUUGGAGGACCAGGUAGCCAAGGUGGAGGAGAAGGCGAAGCAGAAGGCGAGGCAGGAGAGUGAGGAUGAGAAGCGGCAGCUACAGGACCAGAUGGACCAAGAGAUGGCUGAGCUGCAGACCCACCUGAAGAUCUUCCAGAAGGUAGACUCGUGGCUGAAGAAGGAAGAUGGAGAAGGCGUAGACAGAAUGCAGGAGGUGAGGAGGAAGUUAGAGGAGGCCUACCACGCUAAUCGCACCUUGAACAUGACCCUCAACGAGACCACUACUAACCUGGGUCUAAUGAGGUCUGACAUGGCCCAGAUGAGGCUACAGUAUGAGGAGAAGUGUCGGGAGUUACACAAUGAACGGGAGACUGUGCUAGAAUACAUGCACCAGUACGACCACAUGAAGAGGCAGUUGGAACUAUUACACGAGGCCAACAAGAGGCUCCAGGAUACCAACGACAGUAUGAGGUCUGCCGUGGAGCAUGAGUGGAGGAGAUCCCCCAUAGGGUCCCGAUGCUCCAGUACACGAUCCUCACUACACAGGUCCAAGGAACGGAAGAGGAGUCACAGGUCUUGCUCUAUCUCCACCUGUGAUUCAAGUCGUUCUCGGUCUCCUCACCCAUCCAUUCUCUCUUCCUUUGAAAGUGAUGGGGGACUCAAGUAUGGUAUCCGGCGCCUUAUGGAUGACCUGGACUCCGGCCACUCCACACUCCCAGACACCGCUGAGGAAGGCUGCAACACCCAGGAUGAACUCAAGCUGUCAGAGAACGAGGGCCCCUUAUCGCUGGAAGAGGAACUACUUAGCCUCGAGUCACCUUCGCCUCCCGCUACACACCAGCCACAGACGGACGUGAUGUUAGCUACACUCAGGCCUAUCGACGGCAACACCCAGGGAGUCUCCAGCCCGCCUACACCCACGCCCCCGCCCAUCUUGGAGGUCAACACGCCCCCGCUCAAGCCCAGGAGGGUGAACCAACUUGUCCCCCCCACCGAGAGGAACGGUGGAAGCCCUCAGCACCAGGUGUCUUCAGGAAUGAGAACCAACAACUACGAGGCCUUGGGGCCCCCUGAGAGAACCUAUAAAGUGGUGUUUGCCGGAGACGCAGCUGUCGGCAAGUCCACCUUCAUCGUCCGUCUCUGUCGUGGCUGCUUCGUCAUUAACAUCGCUUCCACUCUUGGUGUGGACUACAAGGUCAAGACACUUCAUGUUGAUGAGAAAAACAUUGCCAUCCAGCUUUGGGAUACUGCUGGUCAAGAACGUUUCCGCUCCAUCACUAAGACGUACUUCCGACGAGCCGACGGUGUCCUUCUCCUCUAUGACGUCACCAGCGAGCGUUCCUUCCUCAACGUCCGACAGUGGAUCCAGAGUAUUGACGAGGCGUGUGAUUCCCGGGUGCCUCUGGUCCUGUGUGGUAAUAAGAUGGAUCUACGUGUCGCGGCUGCUGCUGAAGGGAGAAUCACCAUCAGUAGUGCUGACGGUGAACGCCUCGCCCGAGACUGUGGUGCUUUGUUCCUCGAGACCUCCUGCAAGAGUGGCUUCGGCGUGUUGGAGGCCCUCGUACAGCUGGCUAGACAAAUGGUCACUACAGAGGACGUGGAGGUACAGACGUCAGCCCUGAAGGUGUGCGCCUCUGAGGAGAAGAAAUCCUGUUGUGGCACCAAGAAGGAGCGAUGAAGGAACAUGAAUGUAUGACGAAACACAAAAAACUACAGAUAAAUUAAGAAGAACUGAUAAAGAAUGAAAAAAAUAGAAAGAAAAUAAGACCCACGAAGGAAAAUGUAUUCAUCUCAUUUACUUUUCAAUCUAAUUAAUUAUGUAUAUUACUGAUGCCUGACCUCUGACCUGCGGUAAUGGGGUCAGUGAUAUGUUCCUCUCGUAUAGAUACUGACCCGAUAAGCAUGACGUUGUAUAUAAUUCACUAGUCAUUAUCAUUUAACAUUCAUUAAAUACCAUAGUCUCCCCAAAAUAGAAAAUAUAAAUACAGAAAAUGGGAAUGAAAGUAAGUGAUCACAGAAAACGGAAUCAACGAAGAAAACAAUAUGUAUUGAUGAUUAUGUAAAUAAAUGUCAAACUAAAAUAAAGUACGAUAAUAUAAAUAGAGAGUAAUAAGUGAAAUAAGUCAACGAAUGAGUGUGAAACGGAAAUAAAAGUAAAUUGAAAAAAAAAAUUACAAACGAAGGAAGGAGUAGAAGAAUAGUUAUAAAAUUCUCUCAAUUAAUGGACUUGUGAGUAAAAAUAUAUAUAUGGGAAAUUUUCUGUGCACGCCAAAAAAAAAAAACUACUAAUCAAACGAAUGACGUGAAAUAAAUUGUGUUUUUCUUAAGGAGUCAAUUUAGGGUGUUUGUGCGUGUUUGUGUAUAUAUGUCUGUCUAUCCGUCUGUACUGUGUGUGUGUGUGUGUGUAAAGAAAAUGUUCACAGCUUCAAACAUGGUAUCACACACACACACACACACACACACACACACAGGCUCCUACAAAUAUCAUCUCUUUAACUGUGGACCCUUCAACAGUCUAAACACACCAGUCCUCUCUGUCCAUAGGAGUUAACAAGGGGUAACAGUACUAAGAGAUAUUUACCCUGAAGUGUUAACAAAAGUAAACAAUGAUGACUAGAAUAAUGAUGACGGACGUUGAUAUUGAUGACGUUGACUAUAAUGAAGAAUAUAUUUUAUACACUGAUAUAUUCAUAAGUUUAAGAUAAUAAUUUGAUAUAAUGAAUUGAUAUCUCCAGUAAGUUGAUCAGCUUAAUGUGAUGCCUCUUUUGUGUAUUAAGCUGACAUCCAUUUAGUUAUAGCUGUUUGUCUGUCUGUCUGUCUGUCUGUCUGUUAGUUAUAUUCGUAAGAUACAAAGUUGUGUUCACUAUUAUAAUAUUUUUUUCUUUAUUCUUUUUACUGAGGAAAUAUUAAAUAACAUAUAGGAAUAUCUAUAAGGUUUAAUAUGCAAUUUUUUGGUCAUACAUACAUACAUACAUACAUACAUACAUACAUACAUACAUACUUCCCUAUAUUUACAUCAAGAGUAUUCUGAUAAUAAGAAAUUUAACGCUAAAUUAAAAUGCAUCUUCCAAUUAACCUUAAUUACCUGUUAAUAACCUUCGAAUGACCUCUCCCUUACCUGUCCAUGACCUGAGGGGUAUUUCAGGUCCCAGGUAACGAGGUAAUAUUUUUCAUAUCACAGUUUAAUCAGGUUUUUUACAAGUUUUAUUUAUUUUAUUAUAUUAUCCCCUUUAUUUUUAUUUUGAGUUUAUUCAUUGUGAUGUUUUAGCGAUGUUGAGUAAUUAAUGUAAAUUUAUUUCAUUUAUUUGUAUUGUAGUUGAUGUUGUAUGAUGGUGAAUAAAAUGAUGAA